AUGCCAGUGGCGCCAAACUCACUAUCGUCCCACUGGCGCCAAACUCAUCAUCGUUCCACUGGCGCCAAACUCAUCAUCGUUCCACUGGCGCCAAACUCACCAUCGUCCCACUGGCGCCAAACUCAUCAUCGUUCCACUGGCGCCAAACUCACUAUCGUCCCACUGGCGCCAAACUCACUAUCGUCCCACUGGCGCCAAACUCAUCAUCGUUCCACUGGCACCAAACUCACCAUCGUCCCACUGGCGCCAAACUCAUCAUCGUUCCACUGGCGCCAAAUUCAUCAUCGUCCCACUGGCGCCAAACUCAUCAUCGUUCCACUGGCGCCAAACUCAUCAUCGUUCCACUGGCGCCAAACUCACUAUCGUCCCACUGGCGCCAAACUCAUCACCGUUCCACGGGCGCCAAACUCACCAUCGUCCCACUGGCGCCAAACUCACCAUCGUCCCACUGGCGCCAAACUCACCAUCGUCCCACUGGCGCCAAACUCAUCAUCGUUCCACGGGCGCCAAACUCACCAUCGUCCCACUGGCGCCAAACUCACCAUCGUCCCACUGGCGCCAAACUCACCAUCGUCCCACUGGCGCCAAAUUCACCAUCGUUCCACUGGCGCCAAACUCACCAUCGUCCCACUGGCGCCAAACUCACCAUCGUCCCACUGGCGCCAAAUUCACCAUCGUUCCACUGGCCCCAAACUCACCAUCGUCCCACUGGCGCCAAACUCACCAUCGUCCCACUGGCGCCAAACUCACCAUCGUCCCACUGGCGCCAAACUCACCAUCGUCCCACUGGCGCCAAACUCACCAUCGUCCCACUGGCGCCAAACUCACCAUCGUCCCACUGGCGCCAAACUCACCAUCGUCCCACUGGCGCCAAACUCACCAUCGUCCCACUGGCGCCAAACUCACCAUCGUCCCACUGGCGCCAAACUCACCAUCGUCCCACUGGCGCCAAACUCACCAUCGUCCCACUGGCGCCAAACUCACCAUCGUCCCACUGGCGCCAAACUCACCAUCGUCCCACUGGCGCCAAACUCACCAUCGUCCCACUGGCGCCAAACUCACCAUCGUCCCACUGGCGCCAAACUCACCAUCGUCCCACUGGCGCCAAACUCACCAUCGUCCCACUGGCGCCAAACUCACCAUCGUCCCACUGGCGCCAAACUCACCAUCGUUCCACUGGCGCCAAAUUCACCAACGUCCCACUGGCGCCAGUGA